GCUAAGACUGCUGAACCCGUAUCUAAUUGGCUAAUUCCUUUCAUUGCCAAAGGGAAGCGGAAGGGUUGCUAGGGUGGAAGAUGGCCGGCGCUGUGCUUGUAGCCGCUGCUCUGUGGGCCAGCGUUUGGGCCGGGCAGUGUGCCGAGCCGCCUGGGAGUGAUGUCUUCCGAGAGGAGCUGCUCCUCACACCGCUGCGCUCCGGGGACAUCGCCGCCACCUUUCAGUUUCGGACCCGCCUGGAUGCCGACCUGAGGAAGGAGAAGGUCUCCCACUACAGGAUCUUCCCUAAAGUGCUGGGCCAGCUCAUCUCUAAGUACUCCAUUCAGGAGCUGCACCUUUCAUUCACCCAGGGAUUCUGGCGUACAAAGGCAUGGGGCCCACCUCUCCUGCAGGCCCCUACUGGAGCAGAACUCUGGGUCUGGUUUCAGGAUUCUGUUACUGAUGUUAAUAAAAGUUGGAAAGAGCUCAGUAACAUCUUAUCGGGUAUUUUCUGUGCCUCUCUGAACUUCAUCGACUCUACUAACACAGUUACUCCGACUGCAUCCUUCAAGCCCCUUGGAGUGGCCAACAUUACAGAUCAUCACCUGCUCAGAUAUGCCACGCUUCCCAGAGAGAUAGUUUGCACAGAAAAUCUAACUCCAUGGAAGAAACUGCUGCCUUGUGGGUCCAAGGCCGGCCUGGCAUCUCUACUGAGGGCUGAACGCUUGUAUCACAGCAGUUACCACUCCCAGUCUGUGCAUAUAAGGCCAAUUUGCCAGAAUGCAGAUUGUUCAAGUGUCUCCUGGGAGUUAAGGCAGGCCCUUACUGUGGUGUUCGAUAUGUAUUCUAGUGGCCAGGGAAAAAGAGAUUGGUCCAUAUUUAAAAUGUUUUCCCGUACUGUAACUGAGUCGUGUCCUCUGGCAUCACAAAGUAAAAUCUAUGUUGACGUUUCUGGCUGGGGAAAGGAAGUUGAUCUCUUUGAGCUGAACCCUCCUACCUCCUUGGAAAGACAGGUGGUGGUUCACGGAGACCGCAGAGUGUAUGCAGAAUACGACCUUUCCCAGCAGGGCACAUUCUCCACAUCCAGAAACCUUAAUGUAGCCCUUAAGUGGAAAGGGCGGACCGCUGAGUCAGGCCAGCCACAGUCCCCCCUCUUUCAUGCCGAACGCUACGUGAGUGGAUAUGGGUUGCAGUCUGGAGUGAUCAACACUAUGGUAUUUAACAAUCACCCGUAUAGAGCCUACCCUGUUAUGCUGCUGGAGACAGUGCCUUGGUACCUUCGCCUGUAUGUGCACACACUGACAAUCACUACCAGGGGCAAGGAGAACAAACCCAGCUACAUCCAUUAUGAACCGGCAAAGGAUCGCCAGCGCCCACACUUGUUAGAGAUGCUGAUACAGCUGCCUCCAAACUCCAUUACUAAAAUCAGCAUCCAGUUUGAGAGGGCGCUACUGAAAUGGACGGAAUACCCCCCUGAUCCUAACCAUGGCUUCUACAUCAGUCCCUCUGUUCUGAGCGUGCUCAUUCCCAGUGUUAUUAACCAGAAGACGGACGAACUAGAGGAAAGCACACUGUUCAGCACUCUGUUUCCAUCAUCAGAUGGUUCAAGCUACUUCAUGCGUCUGUACACAGAACCCCUACUGGUUAACCUUCCCACACCAGACUUCAGCAUGCCCUACAAUGUCAUCUGCCUAACUUGCACCGUGGUGGCCGUGGGCUACGGCUCUUUUUAUAAUCUGCUCACCAGGACAUUCCAGGUUGAAGAUAGAAAAGGAGGUGGCCUGGCUAAGACUAUAGCCAAUCUGAUACGCAGGUUGCGUGGGGUACCACCUUUAUAAGAAACCGGGCUGCUACCUUUAUAAGAGGAUUUGUGUUAAUGACCAACACAGCCGGUCACCCAGUAUAAGAGGUAGAACAUGAUGGGUUAAAUAAGUAACACACUUUUGUGGUGGCAGAACAACAAUGUCAAAAAGAAGAGAAUGGUGAGAAAACAGUUUUACGGCCUUCUAAAAGGCAACAAUCAAAAGCUGACAGUUUGGGUUGGCCGCAAUGUACGCCUGGUGCAUCAUUCAGGGUUUGGGGGUAAUUUAUGUUUUUUUUGUUAAUAAAAGUUUAAAGUGGUUA